AUGGACAAGCUGACCUGGAUCUGCCUCUCCCUUGCCAGUCUCUCUGGCCCACUGUGGGCAAUCCCUGUGGCCAGCGAAGGGUCCUACUGGCUCCCAGCCACUGAUGAAGAUGCCAGGAUAACUCUGGAGGCCCUGAGCAGCAGGAACAGAGGGUCCUCCCUCAUGCAGACCCCACGGGGAUUAGUGGGAGCACAGGUGGAAGACACUCUGAGGAAAGCAGGUCUCCAGCCCAGAGGCUUUAUGCCAUCGAGGGAAAAUGUCAAAGAGGUACUCUUCGGAAACCUCCCCCAGAACACGCUGCUGAGCCGCUUGCUAGCCACAGACAGGAAGCAGUACAAGAAGCGUGGAAACCUCUCCGAAUGUUUCUGGAAAUACUGCGUGUAA